UUUGAAAAAGUUUUUGGUUAGUAGUUAGUAGUACAAAGUCAUUUUAAGUUGUUUUAGGGAAAAUUAGAGAGUUUUUCUGGUGUGUUGUGUUGACAGUCAUGUGGUAUUAGCUGACAAUUACUGCAAAAUAGAGGUAAAAAGAAAAAACUGAAGAAAAACUUCCUGGUCUACUUUUCUGCAGUGAGGAAGUUGUAUGUCUUGUUAAUUUAACAGGUCAGUGAAGGUGAGAAGUGGAGUAAUAAGCCUCUCAGAGGAGGAAACAGUGAUGUAACACCAGCAAAUACAGUCACUGUGUGUUCUUUUGCUGUUAUAACAUGAUUAAUAAGCUGUGGGUUUCCCAGACACAGAGUGCAGGGGACUUUUUGACCUUUCUCUCCACACUUUUCUCUUUCUCUUCCACAGCCAGUGAUCUUUGCUCCGUUACGCUCUGUGCUCCUGGUCACUGUAUUUUUUUUUUCCUGUAAAAAGCCCUCGUCCUCCCACCCCCCACUUCCCUCCUCCCCCUUUUUAUCUUUCUUUUUUGGACCUCCAGAGGGGGCAGGGUGGGUCAACCCAUUCUCAAUGUCUCCACACACCACAUGUCUCUCUGUGACUGUCCCACUCUGUCCACCGACAUAACCAUCUAAACCGGAGCUAAGAAACGUUUGUUGGUUGUUCUUUUUGGGACACAGAUUGAUGUCAUUUAACUCAAAAGAUAAUUUACUUGAAGUAAUUUUUAGGAGUGGGGGUUUAAAUUUAUUUUUGGGUCCCUGUGUGAUCUAGCUUGUCUUUGUGUUUUUGUUUUUGUUUUUUUGUUUUUUGCUGCCAGACUUGAAUGUUGCCUCUAUCAUCUAUUCUCACAAUCCUCUUGGGACGUAAAGGUUUUAGGAGUGGUAUAAAUUGGUUUCUAUGGUAACACCGUAUUUUCUGGAUCUUUUAAAGGACUGAAGGUUAUCACUGAACAUCCACCAGGUCCAGUGAGCUUUCCUCACCAAUGAGCAGCCAGACCAACGGGGGGGCCAUGGUCCCUCCAGCUAGCAGAGCCCAGAGGACAUUUCUGGAUGAUGUCAUCCUCACCUUCAGUUCACCAAUGGCUUGGCUCCUGGUCCUAGCUCUCAUCCUGACCUGGUCAGGUGUAGCUAUUGUUCUGUUUGAUCUCCUUGAUUAUGACACUCUUGCAGAGUACACAUCAUACUGUGACGACCCCGUGUGUUUACCUCCCGGUCUUCCUCCUCCUUCUGCUAUCGCCAAGAGAGGCAUGAAGGCCAGAGCUGGUGGUCGUCCACUCAAAGCCAGGGUUGCUGGUGUCACAGUGAAGGAGGACACAGAUUGGUUGGAGAUGAUCUGGACCUUUGUAACCGGCUUGAUAGCCCCAGAUGAUGAGGAGGAAGCCUUCCACUCUGACGAGGUCUGAGGGAGAGAACGAGAACAAAAGACGACAGGUGAACAGAGAUGGAGAAGAGAGGACAAAAAGAAGCAAAUAGCAAAGAGGGAAAGAAGGAGAAGAAAGUUUAUAAAAGGAAUAAAGGGUGUAAAAUAUGUCAGUACGACAAGUUUAUUAUCAAGUGGACCUUUGUCCUGGUGAAUAAAGACUUGAGAAAUGCAUCCCUGUUUGUUUUUGUUUCCUUCGAGUGGGUGUUGGAAACAUGAGGAACUUGGAACUUGGAGUUCUAGGAAAGCACACACAUACUGUACAGUAGUACGCAGUAAAAUGACCCUUUGAUGAGGCACAGAAGCAUCCAGAUAAAAUGCUCAGCCAACACAUAUGACAACAGACUUUAAAGGGUUCCAGGUUUACUUAAUACCCACCCCCGACCCCCACACACAAGAAAGUGAAAAACAUCUACGAAAACACAUUGUGCAGCACUGUGUUUCGUUCCGUCCUGAAACACCGUGUCAACCGUGUGUCCUCAGCACUACUGUAUGUGCAGUAAAACACUCUGUCACACUGUUGAAACACACUAGAAUGACUUUGCAGCAUUCAACACCGUGCAUUGUUUUGUUUUUUUGUUUUUGUUUCAAAAGCAUCCCCGAGAGAAAUCUUAACACUUGUAGGCAA